ACAGUUCGAACUCUGGAAACAGAAGUUAGAGUUGAGUGCAAGGUCUGCUGCGGAAGAAGCGAGCGAUCUCUUUAACCGUCAAUAUUAUUCACCGUUUCACGGAAGCAAUUUCCGAUUGAACCGGAAAUCAAAACCCUAGACUUGACGACGAACACGACUCUCUCUCUCUCUAUCUGCAUAUCCAUACAUACAUAUAUAUCGAGAAUGCAAUCCCCAUGUAUAGUCGCUUGUAAAACCUUCACGAGUUCGUGCCAUCUCCACCACCUGCGAGGGUUCCGCAACCAAUCCUCCCUCUCAUCCCCGUCCUCUUCCUCGUCCUUGGCUUUCGUAUCCAUUUGUAAAUUCUAUCCAAGCGUGUCGUGCGGGUUCGACGGAGGAAGUAGAGAGAGAGUGACGGCAAGGGGCAAGGACAAUGUCUGGAGCGCUGACAAUGACAUGGCCAAGGCGGCCAAGGAGAGGGCGGCGGCGGCCAGGAGGCGGAAGAGAGGGAAGAGCUUGAGGAAGUGGUCGAAGAGUGAUAAGGUUAUGCUCUCUGGUGCCAUGUUGGUGGAGGUUGAGACUGUUCUUCAAACUCAGGAACCAGUUAUUCGGCCAGCAUGGAAUACCUUUGCAAGUAGUGUCAGUGGGAUAUGGAAGGGAGUGGGAGCUGUAUUUUCACCCAUAACAGCUGAGAUGGAACCGAUUGAUAUGGGAAAUAAGAAUGAGAAUCUUUAUGACUGCUAUACCCUGUUGCGGAUUGAGGCAGUGCCACCCCCUUCUGGAGGGAAGACAUCUCAGAUCCGAAGGACAAUAAAUUGGGUAACAAUGAAUCCUUAUGGUGAAAUUCAAAUGGCAGAUGGAGGGAGCAAUAACAUUAAAAAGAAGUCCAAAAAUGGAGACGCAUCCUUACUUUUGAAGGAAACAGAUAGCGGAAGGCUGAAAAGACAUACUUUACCUAAAUUUGAGUCUUUUGAUUUUAAAACUACUGAUGUAAUGGAAGAAGAUCAAAUGGGAGUGGAGCCUGGUCUUGUUUUCUUUGAGGAUGGAUCUUACUCUAGAGGUCCAGUUGAUAUUCCAGUUGGUGAAGCUGAUGAAUCCAAUUACUACCUUAACCCAACUUUCAAAUUUGAACAAUGUUUGGUGAAAGGUUGCCAUAAAAGAUUGCGUAUUGUUCAUACAAUAGAGUUCAGUAAUGGUGGUUCGAACAUCCAGAUUAUGAGGGUUGCAGUUUAUGAAGAGCAGUGGGUCAGCCCUGCUAAUAUCCAUGAUGAAAGUGAUCUGGAGUUCGAUUUGAAGCCAUUUUCCCAGAGAAAAAGAACUCAGCCAUCAGAGCUGACUGGGUCCUGGAAGGUGUUUGAGGUGAGUGCUACACCAAUAUAUGGUGAAGAGGCAUUAAUAGAGGAAAGCAAUGGUGCCCCUUAUGUGUACCUUUGCACAGAGACCUUGAAGAAGAGAAGCUUACCUGGGAACACAGUUUGCUUUGGGGAGGAAGAGAUGCUGGAUAUGCAGGAUAUAACCAUGCUUUGGCUGCCUGGUGGUGUUACAGGCUAUGUUGAUGUGAGCAAGGAAGGCGUCCUGUGUAUUGGGGUUGGAUGGUACUCGGAUGAAGGGAUCAACCUCGUUAUGGAGAGAGAGUACGGGGUUGAUGGAAACCUUAGGGAGGUUCGAUCGAAGUCCGAAGUAAAAAGAAGGUGGCCGGAGCCACUACCAGCAUAGCUGCGUAAGAACGUAUCUUACAAAAUUGUCCAAAAUGUUACUUAUGUUGAACUUGUUUUAACUUUAAUCCAUACUUUUCAAAUCAGGAUUUGAGCAUGGUGUGAUUACUAGAGACUUAGCAUACGAGGGAGAGCAAACCUGAUCAGGUUUGUGUAUAAUUUUUUUUUUUAUUAAACUGCGUUUCAUUAAAAAAUCAUGUUUAUGUAAAGCCACUUAUCUCACAAUCAUCAUUUCAUUCGUGAAUUUUAUAAACGCAAUGCCAUAAGUCUGACAAUCACGGAUCUGGCAAUCAUGAAACCAUGCUCAGAAAUUUAAUCUAUAAAAGACGGCGCAGCAUCAGGCCUAGCCCAUAAAUGCCACUUCAGCUACUAGAAGUGAUAAGGCCAAUACCACAUAGUUCUCGUCAUCCGUGCCAGCUGCACUGCCACUCGAUGGUGGUGGGGAUUUAGAAGGGGUUGAGGGUGGAGUUCUAUGAGGAGAUGGGGUGGCUGGUGGCGAUCCCAUAGCAAUCAUGAUGUUGAUUGCUAGUUUCAUGCCUCCUUGGCAGUGACCA